GAGUGGACGGACUCGGAGGGGAAAGCACGGGCCGGGGCGGCGCGGCGCGACCAGCUCCAGGAGGCAGGCGGUGGGGCCCGAGCGCGGCCGGGCCGGGCCAGGGACACGAGAGAAGAUGAACCUUAAGUCUGAACGCAGAGGGAUUCAUGUGGACCAGUCGGAGCUCCUGUGCAAGAAAGGAUGUGGUUAUUAUGGCAACUCGGCUUGGCAGGGCUUCUGCUCCAAGUGCUGGAGGGAAGAGUAUCAGAAAGCCCGGCAGCGGCAGAUCCAGGAGGACUGGGAGCUGGCUGAACGGCUCCAGAGGGAGGAAGAAGAAGCCUUCGCUAGCAGUCAGAGCAGCCAAGGGGCCCAGUCCCUCACCUUUUCCAAAUUUGAGGGAAAGAAAACCAACGAGAAGAGUCGCAAGGUGACAACAGUGAAGAAAUUCUUCAGCGCCUCCUCCCGUGGCGGCCCCAAGAAGGAGAUUCAAGAGACAAAAUCCGCGAGCCCUUCCAUAAACCGGCAGGCCAGCCUGGAGACGGACAGGGUGUCCAAGGAGUUCAUAGAAUUUCUCAAGCCCUUCCACAAAACAGGCCAAGACAUCUAUAAGCAGACAAAGAGCUUUCUGGAAGCCAUGCAUCACAAGAGGGAGCUGAGUAUCGAGGAGCAGUCGGAGUGCACCCAGGAUUUUUACCAGAGUGUGGCUGAGAGACUGCAGACUCGAGGAAAAGUGCCCCCAGAGAAGAUGGAGAAGCCAAUGGAUCAGAUCGAGAAGUACGUCAUGACGCGCCUGUACAAGUAUGUGUUUUGUCCGGAGACUACCGAUGACGAGAAGAAAGAUCUGGCCGUUCAGAAGCGGAUCAGAGCCUUGCACUGGGUUACUCCACAAAUGCUUUGUGUCCCUGUUAAUGAAGAAAUCCCAGAAGUCUCUGAUAUGGUAGUAAAAGCCAUUACAGACAUUAUUGAGAUGGAUUCCAAGCGUGUCCCCCGAGACAAGCUGGCCUGCAUCACCAAAUGCAGCAAACACAUCUUCAACGCCAUUAAAAUCACCAAGAACGAGCCGGCGUCGGCCGACGACUUCUUACCCACCCUCAUCUACAUCGUUCUGAAGGGCAACCCCCCACGCCUUCAGUCCAACAUCCAGUAUAUCACCCGUUUCUGUAAUCCAAGCCGACUGAUGACUGGGGAGGACGGCUACUACUUUACCAACUUGUGUUGCGCGGUGGCUUUCAUUGAGAAACUGGAUGCUCAGUCUUUGAAUUUAAGUCAGGAGGACUUUGAUCGCUACAUGUCGGGCCAGACCUCUCCCAAGAAGCAAGAGUCGGAGCCCUGGGCUCCCGAUGCCUGCCUCGGGGUGAAACAAAUGUAUAAGAACUUGGAUCUUCUCUCUCAGCUGAAUGAGCGACAAGAGCGGCUCAUGAGCCAGGCCAAGAAGCUUGAAAAAGACCUCAUCGACUGGACUGAUGGAAUUGCGAAGGAGGUGCAGGAUAUUGUGGAAAAGUAUCCCCUGGACAUCAAGCCCCCAAGCCAACCUUUAGCAGCCAUUGACUCGGAGAAUGUCGAAAAUGACAAACUCCCCCCACCCCUGCAGCCGCAGGUUUAUGCAGGAUGAUGCCCGUUUACCCGGGAAGUGUUGGCUGGGACCUAGACCCAAGUUAGGCUGUAUGGCUCACUUCCUGCUGAUGGGGGCCAGCAGAGAAGGACGGUCACACUUAGGAGGGUUAAGGAAGUACAUUUUUCAAGGUACAGUUGGGGGGGCAGGGUUAAUGUUUAAUAAAUACUAUUUAUUUUAGUUAUUAAAGUAGGUUCUUAUGAGGGCUUUUGUGUAUUUUUUUAACUGAACCUGCCUUUUGUACACAAAGCCAUUGUCAUUUUUAAGAAACACUAGCAUCAUUAACAGAUUUUUCUUACUGCUCCCUCCCAGGCAUGCACUAUGAUUUGGUUUUGGUUAAAUCAUUACUUUAAAUGUCAGAGGACAAGGGCAAGGUCACAUAUGUUCGAGAGGGAACGGAAUGGUACUACUGUCGCCAUGUUUGAGAUUAUUUUGUAAUUAUAAAGACGGAAAAUAUAUUGAUGAGUAAAUAUGUAGAAUUGUAAAUAUGUAAAGAAAAUUGGUACUUCUGCUGCGCAUGGCAAUGUGUGAGUUUAUGUUCUUAGUGCAGAAUGAUGUAUGACUGCCUGCCUUUUUAACACCCACCGUUCACUCUCUGUUCAGCCCUCUUCAAUGAGCCUGGCAGAAUUGAGAUGGUCAGGUGUCCAAGACUGGUCCAUUUUUGUAGCACGCUGCGGGGCUGACUUUGUAAUUCUGUCAGCCAGGAGGUCCAGGCUUGGACUAGGGCCUUAUCUUCACCUCAUGUCAUUUCACUGUUUAUUACAUAGCCCAUCAAAAACUUUGAGCUGUGCUGUUUUCCUAGAUGAGCCCAUCUUCGUGUGAGCUUCCUUUCCUCAGGACAACUGAUGAGUGGAGGCAGCUGGCCCCAGGCUUGGGUUGGGGUAAUUAAAGAACAGUGGGGAGGGGGUUGGCAGGAGGGGGCGACAAUGCUGAUCUGUAGGUGUUGAGGUCACCCCUGGCCCAGAGCAGAAGUGGUUGUGAUCUCAGCCUGCACACAACACUUCAAUUGUCACAUUUACUUAGCCAUGCUUGUCAUUUGGGCCUGGUCAUGGUUCUUUUGAACUGACCAAGACAGCCAUCCUGCACUCUCUGCUCUAUGAACAAGAAAGCAAAGACCUCGUCCUCUGCAUCAUCAACUGGCAUGUUAUAACCACCAAAUGGUACAUUCUGGGCACUGUGUGUCUUAACCAGGCAGUUUGCUGUUGUGUGAAACUCUGUGAGGUCUCCACAGGAUGGAGGCCUCUAUUCCAGUGGAAUGUUUUGUGUCUUCUUUUCAGUCCUUCUCCAGGGUAAGUCUCAGCAGGACUUAGCUAUGUACCUGUAACAUCCACCAUGCUCUCCCAAGGCUGCCUUCCGGGGCAAUGACGUGACAGAGCAUCAUUAAGAAUGGCUCCCUUGUUCUCCCAGACUCUUUGACUAGCCAAAUUCCCAGGUGUGCCCUGCAGUGACUUCAGGCCCCUAGUGGGAUGUGUUGGUUUCCCCCCUCACACUUUAUUUACUUGUAGAAGCUGCCACCUGGUGCACAGCUUGUCCCAACAAGGACUGGUCCCUGUAAAUGCUCCAGUAGACGAAGCAGUUAACUCAGUGGCUGAGCAGCUGCUGUUCCCACUCUUAGCUAACCUGUGAGCCAGAUGACUCUUUGGAAGAAGGCUUCUUUUCCUUUGGGGGUUCAUUUCCUUGCAUUCUCUAGGUGCUAAUCCAGGUACACGCACAGUCACACUUUCCCACAAAUGUACAAAACUUCUUACUGCUGUACACUGCUUUUGUGGAAUAAAAAUCUGGACGUCACCCUC